AUGGACAGAAGGAUUCACUACAACACCACUAUGCGGUUCGACUUCAACACGAUGCAGCUGAUCUUCUACUGCGAGGCCUUGGACAUCGGGACCGGCACGUCCGACAACUCCGGUAAACGCGAGAGUCGCCAGGGGGCAGCAGAGCACGCGAUCGAACACCUGCUUAAACGGCUGAGGGAAAACGGUGACUUUGAGAAGUUGAAGCACCUGCUAACGGAGGUGAGAGUAGAAGACGACUCCCGUACUGACACCUACAACAGACUGGCCAGGCACGUGGCAGAGUCAGGGCUGACCUUCCGGGCUGAGGUGCCGAAGGACGGAAACUGCAUGUUUCAUGCCGUGUCUGAUCAACUCUUCCGUACAGAGGGGAGACGAAUUAGCCACGGGGAGCUGCGCAAGCAAGUUGUUGACUUCUUGAGGCAGAAUCCACAUAAUGCCAAUGGUGACCAUCUCAGUGACUUCGUCCCAGAUCAAAACUGGGAAAGCUACCUGGACACCAUGUCACAUGAUGGGACGUGGGGAGACCACAUCGUCCUACAGGCCAUGGCGGACAUGUUUGGUCAUGACGUCAGCAUCGUGUCCAGUGUAGAGGCGGAGAACUACGUCACCAUCCUGACACCAAGUACCGGGACUGUGGGCAGGAGAGAACCUCCUCUGUUACUGGGGCAUUAUGCCGAGAACCACUAUGCAAGUCUUGGUUCUGCUGGGUCAUGA